UUAGGAAUGAUGCCAUAAGAUGGGAUUUGUUCUGUGUAUAAAGGCAGAUGUGAGCAUGGAGCUGCUGCUGCUCCGUUACAGAAUGGGCCAGGCUGCUCACCUGCCAUGUAGGAAAGGAGAGUCCUACAUCACAGAGCUGUACGAAUGGUUCAGAAAGUUUAUAAAUGAGUGUCCAAGCGGUCAGAUCACUCUUCAUGAGUUUCAGAGGCAUUUCUGUAAUGGAACUGCGGGCGGUCAAUCAGCUGAGUAUGCUGAACAGAUCUUCCGUACAUUGGACAACAACGGGGACGGUGUAGUUGACUUCAGAGAGUACGUCAUGGCCAUCAGCAUGCUCAUUGAGGGCUCUGCAGUGGAGAAACUCAGCUGGUCAUUCAAACUUUAUGACAAAGACAGAGACGGAGCCAUUACAAAAGAGGAAAUGCUGGGGAUCAUGCAGGCCGUUUAUAAGAUGAACUUUGCGGCAGCUCUGACCAAACCCAACACACUAACAGCUGAAGAAUGCACCAACAGGAUAUUUGUGAGAUUAGAUAAAGACAACAAUGCCAUCAUCAGUCUGGAGGAGUUCAUAGAGGGAGCUCUGGAUGAUGAUUGGAUCAGAGAGAUUGUGGAAUGUGACCCCAGCACUGUGAAGGUGGAGAGGCCCCUGAGGAGGGACACAGCUUUGGGGACCCAUGGAUAACCAGCCCGUAGAGAUAUUGAAGCCUGUGUGUGGAGACCCAGAUUGGACUGAAAACUGUAGACAUAAUAGUCUGUUACAUAACUUUGAAGUCGGUGCUUUAGAACAAAAAAUGCUAAUAAUGUUAUGAAGCUUACGCAACAUGAAAUAUGGGGUUUUCUCUUUGUUCCCUCUUUAUUCUAUUGAAAUUACCUUUGUUUUGUCAACUGAUGUAAUUCUCAUAAUUUCUGUUUUUAUUUUACUUUGUUAAAACAAACAUGGGCAGUAAUUGAACAAUUAUAAUUCCUAUGUUUAUGGGAUAGUUUGCAUUCAUGCUUUUAUAGUUGUUUUGAGUAAAUAAUCCAAUGGCAUAUGUCAGUAUUACAUAGUGAAUGCAUUUGGUCUAAAACUAUAUUAUUACCCUGUCACUGCUUUACUCAACUCCCCUACUAUACUUAACAAGUGCACAUCAACUUUGGAUACUUUGCUUGUGUACGUCCAUGUCAUGCAACUUGAUUUCUGAUAGAAAUUAACUUCUUCCACAAUAUUUAUCUCACAGUCAAUCAUGCGAGGAAAUGGUGACAAUUCACACCGAUCGUUUUGUCUUUAAAUGUGCCAUCAGUUGAGACUAACCGUACGAUUAUCUGGAAGAAAGACGAGGGAAAUACCAGUUAGUAUAUUAAAAACUUCAGGAUUCACAUGCAGCACUGUUAAAAUGUUCUGCUGAUAUGUGAGAUGUGAAGUUAUUUGUUGAUUUUGCUUUUAAUUUUCUCGAGUAUGUUUUGAAAGUGAAUAAAUUAUUGAAUAUUUUCCAAUUAAAAACUCAUUUGCGCUCACUCACGA